AUGAUUCUUUCUUUCUUUCUUUCUUUCUUUCUUUCGUUCUUUCUUUCGUUCGAAAUCUUUCGUAGUUAUAGCUCUUUCUCUCUUUCUUUAUCACUUCUUUUGAAAUUAUUCAUCUUUCUUUCUAUAUUUAGAUGUUGUUUUUCUUUCUUUCUUUCUUUCAUUCCUUUUCUUUAUUUCUUUUUCUUUCUUUCUUUCAUUCUUUCUUUCUUUAUUUGUGUCAUCUCUAGCAUUGGUCCGUCCUUUCUUUGUCUUUUCCUUUAUUUGAUUAAUUCUUUCUUUCUCAGAUAUUUUGAGGUUGUAUAUCUUUCUUUUUCUUUCUUUCUUUUUCUCUCUCUCUUUCUUUCUUUAUCAUUUUCUUUGAAAUUAUUAAUCUUUCUUUCUAGGUUGUUUUUCUUUUAUUCAUUCUUUUUCUUUCUUUCUUUUUCUUUCUUUCUUUCUUUCUUUAUUUGCAUCAUCUCUAGCAUUGUAUCUUUCUUUCUUUGUCUUUUCCUGUAUCUGAUUGAUUUUUUUCUAUUUCUCUCUCUCUUUUUCACUUAUUUAGAGGUCAUGUUUCUUUCUUUUUUCUUUCUGUCUUUCUUUCUCUCUUUCUUUCUCGGAUAUUUAGAAAUUAUGUUUCUUUCUUUCUUUCUUUCUUAG